CUGCGUUCACUUCCUGAAAGUAUAAAAUCAGUGAGAAGUAUAACUGUUCAGACACACGAGAGGCGAUCAAGCGGUGUCGCAGAGGAGCGACUGCAAGGAGACGUAGCAGGAGUCAUCUAGAAACUGCAGCCACGCUGUCAGUAAUAAUGGAGCCCAGCAGUCCAAAGAAGAUCCAGUUCGCUGUGCCUCCGCUGCAGGGACAGCUUGACCCUCAGGCCGCCGAACAUAUCCGCCGCAGAAGACCAACUCCUGCCACUCUGCAGAUCUACAGACAACCUGGCACAGAUGUUGGAGAUCAGCACAAUGCCAGUGGAGACUCACAGGCUUCAGAGUCCUCUCAGAGGAAGCAGAGCACCUAUGCCCCACCCUCCAUGAAAGGUAAGCUGGAAAGCUCUGUACCAGAGGAAGAGGAGGAAGGCAGCGCUCAGGACGACUAGUCCAGCAGAGAAACCUCAGCACUGAACAGGCGGCCAAAUUUAUUGUGGAUAUUCUGGACAAACCCCAAGACGGAUUCAAACAUCCAUCUCCAUCCAAGUCAAGCACCUACUGUGCAUGUCCAGGCUUGUUGGGAAAGCUGACCUGUGUGCAGGUUAUAGAAAGAUCAGUUAAGGUUUUAAUCACAGUAGGUAAAGAAACGUGUUCAACAAGCAUCUUCUCCUUCACUUUAAAUAAACGGGGAACAGCCCAGCUGACAGUCACCUGACCACAACUAACACCCAAGUACAUGAGAAUCAACAUGAGCUCAGAUUUAGUUUAUAAAUAAGGACAGAAAUGUGUUUUUUCCUUAAACAGAAUUGAUUAAAGAAAUAACUUUAAACGGUCUCAGAUUACUUUUAAACGCUUCUGGUCGGAAACUAAACAUUAUCAUCUCAAGCUGGUCUUAAUAUAUGAAGGAAAAUUGUUUAUACAAUUGUUUGUUUAUACAUUUUAUAUCAUUUUAAAGUUUUUAAAUAUCAAGGAGGAAAUAAAUCUAGGUACAUUUAAUUGUACCUAGAUUACAUUAGCUACAUUGCAUAGCCAAUUAGCUCUAACAUGGGAUCUAAUACAUAGUUGGCAAAUUUCUUUCCUAGAAUUUAAACACAAAAAUAUAGAAUAAAUGAAAAUAUAGCAAAAUUGUUAUCAUCCAACUUCACUUCUACAUGAUUAGGAUUUUCAAAUAUGUAUUUAUACAUGUAUUAAUUUUAAAUUUGUAUACGUUUCCCACCAUUAGUUUUAAAAUGUCCACCGUGAGAUUGCAGGUUGUUGGAAAAGCAUAUAUUAAACACACAGUUACUGCAAUAGUUAUUGCAGUAUUUUGAUCGAAGGUUGCACUGAUUGUCGGGUUGACCCUAAAGGUUUAUAAGACAUUCUUCAAACAUUUUGUCAUCUAACUGGAAAAGCACAAAUAUUAGAAAAUAUUACUGGCUACACUCAGGUGCAAAGGUCAUUGUCCCUCCCCUUUCUUUUUGUGUCUUAUUAAAAUACACGCCAUGUAAAAGUUCUGUUGUGUUGCAUUUAAUUUUAAAGGUGUUCUUGAGAUUUAAUUCUAGCAGUUUGUUGCUGACAUUAGAAAUGUCAACUUAUUAUAGCUUUUCAUCAUUUUACUCACUGAAUGGUUUCAAAAAUCUGCAUCCAAGCACUGGAAACUGCCAUUUUAAUUUGCUGCAAUUCUGCAUCAUGAUACAUUUGUCUACAUCUACUUUUGUUUUUCUUCAAAUAAACUGGAUUUGAUGCGGAA